AUAAGUUUACAAUGCUCCGCCACCGCAGUUAGACCUCCAAGGUUCAUUUGGGAGAGAGAUGGGGUUGUUAUUUCUUCAAACACUGAACCCAGGUAUACUCUAGGUCAAAUGAUGUCACCGUCAGGCGCUGGAGUGGUGUCACACUUGAACAUCACCAGGACCAGAGUGGAAGAUGGUGGCUUGUACUCAUGUGUAGCCAUUGAGGGUGAUUCCAGCGCUGUGCACAUAGCUAGGAUUGAUAUUUAUGGACCACCAUACAUCAGGACUCUGCCACCCAUAAAAGUGCAGAGUGGCGAACCACUUAAACUCAGAUGUCCGUACUAUGGGUAUCCUAUAAGUAAACUAGACUGGGAACACAAAGGAAAAAGGAUAAUCAGCACCAACCUCCCCCAGCACAGUCGAUACAAACGCACUGGCAACGUCAAGAGGAGACGCAGGAAACGGCAGAUAUUCGAGCCGGGCGAAGACGGGGUUUUGAACAUAGCUAAAGUGGUGAAAGAGGAGAAUGGGGACACGUACACAUGCAUAGUGUACAGUCCUUCAGGAGAGAUGGCGAGAAGGUCCUUCGAGAUUCAAGUGGUAGAAGCUCCAGAGCUGGAUGAACUAAGAGUUGGAUCAGGUUUGAAAGAAGGUCAGAUUGUACAAAUCACAUGCAACAUCAUAAGUGGAGAUCCUCCCAUUUACUUUUCCUGGUUGAAGGAUGGGAAAAAGAUUCCUGCUAAUUUGAAGAUCACGGAGCGUAGCGCAGAGCUAUUUAGCGUUUUAAUAAUAAAGCGAGUUGCACUCGAACACUGCGGGAAGUAUACGUGCAUAGCCACGAACCACGUUGGAAAAGUUAACCAGACUGCGGACCUGUUUAUAAAUGUGGCACCAAAGUGGAUAGACGAGCCGACAAAUACAUCGUUGCUGUUGGGCCAACGUGGCAUCGUCUACUGCAAUGCUAACGGGUAUCCUAUGCCUCAGAUACAUUGGAUGAAGAGAGAUGCAACCCUAGGAAUUUGGAGACCAGUGCUAGACUUGGCUGGUGGUGGAGUGAUGAGCUACCCAAAUGGAACCCUCAUCAUCGAAGUGGUAUCACUGACUGAUGAAGGAAUGUACGCUUGCAACGUUGAGAACGGAGUUGGUGAUGCACUGAACAAGAAUUUGUGGAUAAGUGUAAAUAAGCCGGUGCAUUUCGAGUCUGUGGGUUCGAAUUUGACGACGAAGAUGGGGUUGCCAGUAACGUUAACUUGCCGACCUUUGGGGGAUAGUCCGAUCAGGGUCAAAUGGAGCUUGGACGGGAAGCCGGUGGACUUUACUUCUUCAAGAAUAACGGUUUCCGAGACUUUAACCCACAAUGGUUUGAAAAGUAUCAUCAGUAUAAACUACGUGGAGAGUAGAGACGGGGGCUCGUACGAGUGUCGAGCGAGCAACCCGUACGGUGUCGCCACUUAUGGCAUCAAUUUGAAUAUUCUUGAGCCUCCCACUCCACCCCUGGAUCUCCAAGUAGACUCCGUCACCAGCAACUCAGCCAAGCUCUCAUGGCGCGACACCAUCAGCACCCAUGUCCAGUACUACACCAUGCAGUACACCACCACUGAUUUCAUGAUGUGGGACACGGCCAAGAGCAUCAAUAUUACCAGACAAGAUAGUGACCUCCGCCAGAGUAUCGAGCUUAGGGAUCUUCAGCCAGCAGUCGACUACCGGGUCCGAGUAGCUUCUGGAAACCAGGUCGACCUCAGCCCUUACACUCAGCCUGUACAUUUUACUACGCAGCAAGAUGCGCCAUCUUCAACGCCACUAGGAGUACAAGUGCAACAAACAGACAUCCCUGGGGAGCUCCUGGUAUCGUGGAUCCCACCACCGAGGGAAAGCCACAACGGCCAGCUGCAGGGAUACCACGUCAAAGCAGUCCCGAGGAUCAGUGGAGAAUCAGGUCCAAACGACACGCAAACCAAAAUGGUGAAAGUGAUGUCGCGGAAAGGGAAACAAGAAACAACCCUGAGUGGGUUGUUGAAAAAUACCAGAUACGCAGUUACUGUGAGUGCCUUCAAUUCAGCUGGGAACGGACCAUUUUCUUUGCCAGUUUACCAAACUACUAGAGAAGGAGCUCCCGAACAUCCUCCGUCGGGAGUGGAAUGUCGUGGCGUGUCAUCAUCUUCUAUGCGAGUAUCGUGGCAACCGAUCGUGUCACCUGGCGCUUCUUUAUUGGGCUACUCUAUUUAUUAUGGGACUGAAGACAGUCCAUGGCAGAACGUCAGCACACUCCACACUGAGACGUACCUGCAAGCUCUGCUCAAGUACACCAAUUACACCGUGAAGGUGGCUGGUUUCUCCAACUACGGUCUUGGGCCUUUCUCGCUUCCUAUUGUCUGCACUACUCUGCAAGAUGUGCCCGGUCCACCGUCGGCCAUCAAAGUGGUCGUCUCAUCGUCCUCAUCUUUGCUCGUGAGUUGGAGACGGCCGGACCAACCGAAUGGGGAAAUUAUGUACUAUACGGUGUACGCCAAGCCAGUGUCCAGUACCAGCGCCCCCCAAAGCUACAGAGUGGAAGCGAACCAAGAACAGUCCAAACAGCUGACGUUCCCACUUACUGGGCUACAGGCUGGGAAGCAGUAUGAGGUGUUUGUGAGGGCCCAUACUUCUGCUGGGGAGGGCUCGCCGAGCAGCAGGGUCCAUGCCGAGCUGUCUUCUAGAGUGGUAGCCGGCGUCGCGUCUUUAGGCGGACCCAUCUCAGUAGGCGUGGGUAGUUCCUUACUGCUGGUCUGCCAGUGCGUGGGAGUACCACCACCUCGGACUGUGUGGUACCACAAGCAUAACAUCAUCACCCACCACCCGCGAUUCACGCGGAACCAUGAUGACAGCUUGCUUAUCAAUAACAUAGACCAAUCCCUCAGCGGCAACUACACCUGCCUAGCCAAGAACCUCUACGGUUCAGACUCGGUGUCGUACGCUGUAUCAGUCCUACCCACGCCUGACGCGCCGACCGUGAGGGUGGUGGCACAAAAGAACUCAUUGCAGCUACGAUGGGAUCCGCCAAGGAAAGUGGGUGGGAAGACGCAGAGGAUUAACUACAAUCUGACCUGGAAAGAAGCCAACGGCUCCUGGCAAGACGCCUGGACAAAUAAAGGGACAUCUCUGCAAGGAGUCCAAGAGUUCACACUUCAAGGGCUGAAAUGCGGCACGAAGUAUUCUAUCAGGAUGACGGCUGCCAACAGUGUGGGAUCGUCACAACCAGCGUAUGUUGAUGCUACUACUUUGGGUGGAGUGCCAAUCUCCCCAUCAAGCACGGAAUGGUUCUGGAGUAACGCGAGCCAUGUGUACAUUCAGCUCAGCGGUUGGGACGACAACGGCUGUGAGAUUACCAGAUUUGAAGUGGACUACAGGGAGUUUGGUUCAAAAAUAUGGAAAAGGGCGGAGAACAAACUUCCUCACAUUGACCAAACGUGGAGCCACUACUCGCCUUCCAUCCUCAACCAACCGAACUCUUUUGUGAUCGGAGAUCUGACACCAGCCCAGUGGUACCAAAUACGGGUAUCUGCUGAAAACUCUGCAGGGAUAUCUACUUCUUUGUACAAUUAUGCUACUACUACUCUUCUAGGAGAGUCAAUUGGACCUCCAUCAGAUUUCUUCGACCUGAAUAUGCUGGUAAUCAUCUGCAGUUCAAUUUUACUCAUGAUUUGCUCACUUACUUGUGUGUACAUACUCGUGAAGAGACAUAACCACCGCCAUCUUACAGAGUAUCGUAACUCAUUAACAGCUGAAUGCAAAUCCGAACGUAGUAAUGCUACAGUGAACACUCCUCAAAGUAUGCCAGCCGAAGUCAACAACAGAGUUUAUAGUACUCCAGUUCAUUUGACUGCUGAUAAUAAACAUGAACUGUACGAAAUCAGUCCAUACGCACAAUUUGCGAUUGGUUUCCGAACGUUUGGUCACGUUGAUAACCAAGAGGUGCCGAGUCGGGCUCAUCUACCGAGUAAUAGCAAAUCUAGAUAUGACAGUGAAACGAGUUUUCAAAUGCGAUCUGAGUCAGAAGAGAGUGAUUGCGUUUCUCGGACAACAACAUUGAAGAGUGUACCAAGAAAGGCCUGCAGAGUACCGCAUCACAGGUAGCUGGAAACCGAAACAAGUCUAGUCCUAAUAAAUAAUAUGAAUGUUUGUGUUCAUUACAACUGUAGAGAAAACGUGUGUUACCAGAACAGAAAAUAGGAAUAAGUUUUUUGAUCUCAAUACAAUAUUGUACAGAAAAUAUAAAUGUCAAAUACGCAAACGUUAAAAAAAUAAAUAAUUUACAAUUUAUAGUAUUCAUUGAAUUGAAAUAAAAGUAAUUAAUGUUUUAAAAUCGAAACAUAAUCAAUUUCCCUGGAAGAUCUGUAUCACUGUAGCUAUUUAAUAUUUUUGUACUUUUAAGAUGAAUUGUACAUAAAUAGAUCUAAGUGUAGAUAAAUAAUUACUUUUUUUUAAAUAAUUAAAGAAAAAGAUGAAUUUGAUUCAACUUUGCCGGCUUGAGCCCGUGUUAAUCAGUCAAUAUACGGUUUUUUUUUAAAUCACUGAAAAUAUACUACCUAUCUUAGCGGUGAAAAUAAAUACAGUCUUUACAAUUUAUUGUUAUUUUGUAUUUUGGCAAACUAACAAUGCUAACAAUGAACACUGCCAAAACGUAAAUUAUUUUGUUUAUUUAUUUAUAUUUGAAGAAAAGAAACAUGUAUAUUCUAACCCUUAAACCCGAGAGUAUGGGGUUACAAAGUUUUAUAAUACUCUUUUAUUAAAAACCAACAGUGUAUUUUUAAAUUCUUACCGUGCCA